AUGGCUACCCCACCGUCACCGCCUCCUCCUUCCGACAAUAUCAAAUACUUCUGGCAGCAUCCGCAAAACACCUGGGACCUGAUAGAGUACCUGGAGUGGUGUCGAAAGCUAGGCGAUUACGAGCACGACAUCGCGUUGUCCAGAUGGGUGCGGUCGCUGGAGUCGAUCGCCAACGACCCGGCCGAAAGCGAGGACCGCCGUGCCAAGGCACAGAUCCUCCGCGAGAAAUACAAGCGACGCAGCGAAAAGGAUCGCGCCCCGAUGUCCAUAUCGGCCAUAUUGAAACUAAGCAAAAUUCCCUCAGAUGACGUUAUGGAUGGAAGUUCACUCAAUGAGGCAUUUAAACUUUUUGAGUCUAUCUACAAGCAGCAGCCAUCGUCUGAUCAGGAUGAGUUGCUCAAAAACAUAAUACAUAACGCUGUGACCGAUCACUAUCAGAAAGGGUCUGCCUGGUUGACUAAAGACAGUCCCAUUCUUUCGUGGAUCAUUGAUCUUAACGAUCCUGAGGUGACUGGGUGGUUCUUGGACAAGGAGCUGGCAGCGUUGCGGGGCCGGAUGAAAGCCUUACCAUCGCCUGAUGAGCACUUUGCCUACUCAGUCAAUCGGUUUGCCAAGGCAAGGACGGCCGAAGAGUACCAAACAAUUCUCGAAACUGUUCCCUGUAGGCUACCGAACGUGGGGUAUGAUCGUGCGAAGCAUUUCGACGCCGCAUGGGUUAACUUUGUUAUCCAAGCAAUGCUCGCGUUAUUUGGCUGCUACAGCAACUUGGAUUCAUGCUGCAACUUUCGGGAAGGCUGGUUCGACUCCAACAUUUGGGCUCCUCUCAUUGAUCACUGCCUCCUUGGCCUCGAUGGUGUAGUCGUGCAACGAAAGGAAAUUAAAUGCUUUGCCCUCAAACUCAUUGGCAACAACAACCUGCGCUACGAUGCCAUCAUUCACACGGCCAGAGACUUUGCCCCAAUCGAGUACGCAGCCAUAGAGGUGUCGAGGAGCAUCGAGAACGAGGAGAGUCUGCCAGCGAAGAAAUACGUGUCUGAUAGCACUAAAUUGGUCACUGGAAUGCAUUCCAUGCUAAGACGUCUCCACAUGCUUGUUGAUCGCGACGAGCAAGCGACCAAGGAUUUGCAAGUUGUUGGAAUGCUGAACGAAGGCCUCAAUAUGCAAAUCCUGCGCAUGACUGGGCUCCCUGGCGGCUUAUUUCUUUUGUCGCGGGGUGCGGUGCGAAGCGUCCCCACCAAUAUCGGCGAUUUAGGGUCUAUUUUCUCGUUGAUGAACAGUAUUGGCAUGUUCAAGGCCAUUAUCCGGGAGUCCAUCGCUGUUGUCGCGCAAUACAAGGCGAAGAAAGCGGCCAAGAAAGACGAUGCUGGCGACCUAUACCAGCAGGUGAUGGGGCAGAAUGAGCUCUAG